AGUGAUCUAACCUAAUCUAACCUCUGUCACUGACGAGGUACAGUGCAUCUGCCAACGGCCACGACUAAUGUGUUAACAUUCCGACUCUUGAGAAUCAAAAAGCGAAGAAUCUGUAAAGAACAGAAAUCGUGAUCGUGAAACGCCGGCGGGAUGUCAGGCUACACCGGCCAGGAAAACGCUUAUUGGACCCAGCCGCCUCAGGGCCAGUACAACUUCGAAACGUCCGGUUUUGGUCAGCCUAACCAACAAUUCGAAUUCCAGACGUUCAGCGAACAAGUGCCCGGCGAUUAUUCGUACGGACACAAGAGCUUCCUCGAUCCUACGCAGAGCCCCUAUAGCGGCGACCUGUACACCCAGGAUGAUUAUGCGAAAGGCACUACCUUUGGGGAGGAAGAGGACGAGCCACCUCUGUUGGAGGAGCUUGGUAUUGAUCCUGACAGAAUAAUGCAGAAGACCCUGGCUGUGUUAAAUCCCUUCCACAGGAAGGGGCAGAUCGACGAUGCGAAUUAUCUGCUACAGGACUCGGACUUGGCGGGACCAGUGGCGUUUUGCCUGGUCCUCGCGGCGUUUCUCCUCCUGGCCGGUUCGAAGGCGCACUUCGGCUACGUAUACGGCUUAGCCAUGACCUCCUGCAUACUCAUGUACAUCCUGCAAUCCCUGAUGAGCAGCAGCGCCAACAUCACGCUGUCGUCUGUUGCGUCCGUUUUAGGAUACUGCCUGUUACCCGUAGUCGUUCUGGCGGGUAUCAGCGUCUUUACCACGUUGCGAGGCCCCGUAGGCCUGAUUCUCGCGAUCCUGGCCGUCGCUUGGGCGUCCUUGUCCGCUUCUAGGCUUUUCUCCACUAUGUCGGGAGAAGAGGACCAGAAGCUUCUCAUAGCAUACCCAUGUUUGCUUCUCUACGGCGUAUUUACGUUAAUAAUCAUAUUUUAAAGUCAAAAGUCGAUUGGAUGUAUGUAUAUUUAUAGGAUUUAGAUCCACAUUUAAUAUGUGAAUAGAAAAUACGUUCUUUUUUAUGUACAGGUUGUCAUUGAUUUUGUAAUAAAGUACAACUGUAAUGAAAAAUGUAUAAUUGUAAACAAGUUUAAGAUUAUAUAUUCUCCAUGAAAAUAGAAGUAUAUUUUUAAAAAUAUAUUUAAUAAGAUAAGUUCAAAUUAUUCAAGAUGCCCGAUAACUUAAAUAACAAAAAUAAAAAAUUUAAUAGUAUCGUCUACGAGACGAUUUAUUAUUAUAAUAGUGUAAUUGUAAUGGAAAUAUAAUAAUCUUGAACUUGUUUAUGUAUAUUUUCCAUUACAGUUAUACUUUAUUAUAAAAUUAAUAGCAGUUAAUACAUAAAAAGAACGUUAAAAAAAUUCUUAAACUUAUCUCGAACUUGUUUGUAUAUUUCAGUGUGUAUUUUAUUGUAUAUUUUUCAUUACAGUUGCACUAUAUUAUAAUAAUGAUGAACCAUCUCGUAGAUGAUAGCUAAAAUUAGGAACAGUUAUACUAUUCAAUUAUUUUUUUAAAUUUUUGUUAUUUAAGUUUUCGCGGCAUCUUGAAUAAUUUGAACUUAUUUUAGUAAGUAUAUUUUUGAAAAUAUACUAUUUUAAAAGAGAAAAAGAAUAAUGCAUACGAGCGCGUACUGUGUUAACAAACGUUAGAUUAACAUUUGUUAUACAAUUUCUAAAUAAAGUUUAUGAUCUUAA